UGGCAGACCGCAGGCGGCAAACCGCAGACACCUCACACCUAUAAAUUAUGAUAUAUUUUACGGGAUCGAUUGUAAGAAAAAAACGCGAUUACAGUGUUGUUUGUAAACGCGUGUAGAUUUUUCCACAGUCGCCAACGGACAAAAUUCGGCUCAAUAGCGAUCGUCGCAAUUUGUGACAUUUGAUUAUACUAUAUCUAUAGAAUUUACAUUAUGCGCAUUAAUUUUGCGCGCCGGCGCCGACAAACGUAACCGGAAGGUGGAACCGUUGCGAAUGCUGGUCGCGGGAUAACGGACGUUUCUGCGUGAUGCUAGCGAUAACGGACAGUCACCUUGAUAAGCAUUUACGAUUGUACGAUAUUUUCUAAUUUCUUACACAACAUUAUUAAUUAUUUGUUAUUAUUAACGUGUUUAUAAUUUUAUGAAUUCACUUUAUGACGUCUGUGUCACUACUGUUAUUAGUUACUACUACUACUACUACUACUACUCAAAUUACUACUUCUAGAGAGCCUUUAUUAUCUAGGCUCUAACUACUACUAUUACCAUUUUUAUUACGUACAAUUUUUUUUACCAACUUAUAUUGGAUCUUAAGGAUUUCGCAAUGAAUUCAACGUCAGACCUACUUACCAAAAACCUAAAACCUUUACCAAUUCGCAAUCCAUUUGGUAGAGUGAAAAAAAAGGGUCUGGACAUUGACAGUGUAAUAAAUGAAAUUAAAUUUGAUCAAAAGUUAAUAAGUGUGUUUAACACUUACAACAAGUACAUCAAUUUUCGGUUUGACUAUGUCAUCAGAACAAGUAUUACUCAGUUACCUGAUGAACUCAAUCAUAAUGUUGACCAUUCUGAAUUUGAUCAAAGUCAACAUAUUAUACUAGAUUGUAUUAGUAGUAACAAUAGUUUAGAUAAUGUUACAAAACUCCGAGAAGAAUUGAAAACUUUAACAACAGAAGUAAAUUUAAAAAGAAAAGAAUUGAGUUUAAUUUCCAUUAAUGAGGAUGGAUUAAAAAUUAAUAUUAAACAUUUAGAAGACAUUAUAUCAAUUAAGAAAAAUUUCAUCAUUGAAUUUGCCAGCUAUGCAGAAAUCAGAUGUAAUGCAAAAGAAAAAAUUCAAAAAGAAUACAAUAGAAUAAACAAAAAAUAUAAAAAAAUUUUAAGUCAGUUAAACAAAUCAAAUAAAAUGACAAAAACUAAUUAUGGUAAUGGAACUAGUAAAGAUAAGGAUUACGGGGAGCAAACCAAUAAUAGAAUAUUACGAUAUGAAGAUAAAAUUAAAAAAAUGGAUGAUAUUAUAAAAAUUGCCAGUGAUAGUAAAGAGAAAUUACUACAAUAUCAAAUAGCUUUACAAACUUCUAAUGAUCGCUUAAAAACAUUUUAUGACCAAUUAAAUAACCAAAUAAAAAAUAAACAAGAAGUUUCAUUAUUAUUAAUACAAAAUGAAAAGCGAAUUAAACAAUUAAAAACUAAUUUAUCUAAUUUGGAGGUUUUAUCAAGCGUAGAAAAAAGUAGAGUACAUACAUCAUCAAAUUUAAUUGAGAAUGAUAAUCUAAAAAAAGAAUUUUUGGAUUUGCAAAAUAUGAGAAAUGAAAUUUUAAGUUCACGUCCUAGAGGAAUGUUCAAUCCCAAGUAUCAAAAGGAAAAUAAUUUAUUUAAAGAAGAUAUUCGAAAAUAUUUAGAAAACAAUGAAGCAAUUGAUUCCAUAGAUUAUUUAAUUGAAUUAAAAAAUAAUAUGUGCAAUAAUAAUACAAAUUUAUUACAUUUUAUUCAUACGAAUUCAAAUGAAACAAAAAUUUUUUUGAAGUGUCUGUCAACUUUAAAUAUAGAUGAAGUAAAGAAAUUGUUGGUACAUUAUUUUAUCAAAGUUGUUGAUUUAAAAGAAUCUGGACGAGAAAAUGAUGAAAUAAUAUCUAAGCUUGAUGCAAUAAAUGAUAUACAAAGGCAUAAUAUUGUGUCUUUAACUAAUAAUUAUCAAGAAUUUCAUUUGUCAAUCGAAAAAAAAUUCAUGGUGUUAAAAAAAGAUUAUCAAGCAAAAGUUAAUAUGUUAUUCCAACUAGUUCAAGAAGAAAAUAAUGCUAUUACUAUGUUUAAGACGAGACAAGAAAUCGUAGGACUUAAAAAGAAAAUAAUCGAAUUGGAGAAGUUACAAACAGUGAAACAUAAGGACACUUCAGUGGUGCCAGAACCCCAUAUCUGUUCAAAUCUUCUAGAGGCUUCGAAAUCAGAAUCUGAAACUAUGUCAUCUGCCAAAGUAAUAUACCAUAAAAACAAAUUGAAGAUACAAAAAAAUAAAUUUAAAUUGAUUUAAGUAUAACUUUUAAAUGAAAAAAAUAUAUUUGUAUUACAACUAUUACGUAUAGGUAGACUUGAGCUUCAGCUUGUAUCUCAAUUGCAAUUCCUUUUCUGUCAGGGUUUAAAAUAUGAAUUGUAAUUAUGAGGACUGAAUAAUUAUUGUAUUUUAAUUUUAUUACUGCCUCAAAAAAUUGUUAAAUAUAUUAUACAGGAUGUCUAAUGGUUUUAAACUGUCUUUAAGCGUGACUUAAAAAAUAAAUAUUUAUUAUUCAAAAUUUCUGAAAUGUAGUGAUUAUUGAUCAGUGACCUAUUAUAAAAAAAAAAAAAAAUUAAAUACAAUUUUUUUAUAUAUAAAAUAGCAAUAAAUAAUUUAUAGAUAAUAUAGUUAAAUGUUUAAAAUAAUAGAAAAUGUUUCAUUUUUAUUAUUUGUCUGACUUGAAAUAGGCAUUUAGUUAAAUGCCUAGUCAUUUAACUAAAUGUGUAGGCGGAUUCUGAAAUUGUAUAAAAAUUAAACUUUUUGACUAUUUGCCUACGACAUAAUAUAUAAUACUUAAACAAUGUAUUACUGUUAUAGUUAUUUUUUUGUAAUUAAAAAAUAUUUUUUUUAUAUAGACAAAAAGACGAUAGACACCCUUUGCUCAGAAUCGUUUAUUUCGUAUAGG